AUGUCACUUCCACAAAUUCACCAGGACUCCCUCAAGACUACCUUCACCGGUACCUCUCAGUCUGACAAUGGCACCACUGUCCAUUCAUUCAGAGGCAUCCAGUAUGCCACAAUUCCGGCUCGCUUCGAGCGUUCGCAGCCGAUACAAAAGUUCAAUGAACCGGCGAUUGAUGCGACGCGAUAUGGACCACGCUGCCCACAGAUGAAGAUCGAUGUGCGUCAUUUGCUACGCAUCCCAGAAGAUGUUGAAAUCCCAGAAGAGGAAGAGGAUGAAUUCAAAUGCUUGAAUUUGGAAAUCACCUGUCCUCCGCUGGAUCAAACGAAGGGGCCUUUUCCGAUUUUGAUCUGGAUUCACGGUGGAUCACAGGUUGUCACGUUCUGUUCUGCUGCAUCCGGAAUUUGCGACCCAACAAAACUCGUUGCAGACUCGAUCAAAUAUCAGAAACCAAUGGUUUUUGUUUCUAUCAACUAUCGGCUUAACAUCUUCGCUUUCGGAGACGGCAAGGAGAAGAAUCUCGCCCUCAAAGACCAACGACUUGGAAUUGAAUGGGUCCGCAAGAAUAUUGCAUCUUUUGGUGGUGACCCAAACAACAUCACCUUGGCUGGUGAGAGCGCCGGUGGUGUCUAUGCUCAUGCCCAUUUGAUUACCGGACCGCCAGUCAAACGAGCUAUUUUGGCAUCUGGGUCUCUCUAUCUUUCGCGCCCAAUGCCAGCAGCACGAGGAGAAUGGAUGGUCAACACACUAGAAUCCAAAGUGCAGGAGCUUGGACAGACCUCUCUUCGCGAAGCCCCUGUACCCGUUCUCAUACAGGCCCUGGGAGAGUGCAACGUCAACUCAAUGUUCCUCCAGGAAGAUUCGGAAUUACAAGACUGGGAAUCGAGACCGGAACAUGUAGAGGAACUCAUGAUUGGGGAUACAGAGUAUGAGUCCGUGAUUUGGCGCAAUGGUGUCGAGACACACAACGCAUCUACAAUUAAUGCAGCCUUUGAACAGAAUUCCGAAUGGGGCCCUCAAUUGCGCAAAAUGUACCAGGUCGUUCCUACUCGCCCGACGGCCAGCAAGCUCGGUGCCCUGGACAUUAUCAACGAUGCUCUCUACGCCAUGCCCGUCGAAGUUAUUUCUGAAAAGCUACAAGCGAAUCAAAAGAUGGUUUACAGAUAUGUGGUCGACCAACAUAACCCGUGGCAGUUGUCCAGCCGCUCCCACCACGCCGUUGACUUGCUCUUCCUGUUCGGGACGAUGGAUUUUUCGCACAACCCAGGUGCGGAGGGUGUCGGGCAGGACAUGAGACGGCUAUGGGUGUCGUUUGUGAAUGGUGAUGCACCAUGGUCGGAGCAGAAGAGAUAUGCCUAUGGUCCAUUUGGAGUAUGUGGCGAGAUUGACGAGGGGCAGUUUGCCGGUCGACGGAGGACAAGGCACAUCAGGGCGUUGAGGGAGGCUGGAAAGGAGGCAUUCUUGCCCAUUGUAUUUGCGUUGGCAGCCGGGAAGAUCAGUUUGUUGAACUAG